AUGCUUAUUUUCUCCGCAAAUACAGACUGUUUGCCGUCGUUAGAGGAACUCAUUCAAAAAAUCCCUUUAACGCCGAAAACAAUCACGCGGCUGAAAGGAUUGGGUAAAAUCCUUGUUGAGUAUGAAACAAAAGACGACGAACGAAGCGUGCAACAAGCUAUAGACGGAACCUUUCUGCAAGGCGGCCGACCUGUACGCUGUGAACACGACGACACCACUGAAUGGUUACAAGAACUACGUGGGGCGAUGGGCGAUUCGCUCGUCGUCCCAGAGCUUGAAAAGAACUGGCUCAUUAGCCCACCAUGCUCGCCUCCUGCCGACUGGCAGCCUGUACGUGAAGAAUCGCCAAACGCCCGGCACCUUGCGGAGGAUUUGCAGGCCCGGCUAAAUGAAUUGGGUGAGUUGAGAAUCGGCAACAGCUGUGGCGGACCUGAAAUUAUUAUUUCGGCUGCCGUGGAAGAUGACAAGGAUUCUAGCUCCGCGGACAAAGGAGAGACGAGUAAACUGGAGCGAGAGUAA